AUGGGGGUUAAGAUGGAUGAUAGGUGGAGAAAUAUUUGGGACCUUGAAGUGCCAAGUGUGACAAAGUUGUUACUUUGGAAAGCUGAGAAUGAUUUGUUGCCUACAAAAAAGAAUUUGUUUAAAAGAAAGGUUGUGGAGGAUAAAAGUUGCCCAAUUUGCAAAGCAGAGGAAGAAACACCUAUGCAUGUAUUGUGGCAAUACCCAACAACAAAUGACAUAUGGGCAGAAGAUGGAAGUUGUGUUCAAAAAUGGGGUAGAACAGAAGAUGAAUUUAUGUUGUUGUGGGAGAAGUUGAUGGGAAUGUUGAGUAAGAGCAAGCUGGAAGAUAAGGCAAUGUUGUUUAGAAGAGUGUGGCUGCAAAGAAAUGAGUAUGUUUUUUUGAAGAGGUUAAUGUGUCCUAAAGUUCUAUUGAAAAUAGUAAGAAAAGCUCUUCUAGACUACCAGGCUUCUCAGACAAAUCAGAAACAUGAAAGGCAGGUGCAAGACAAUGCUGCUAAGGGCUCACUAAAGUGGGAAAAACCAGGAUGUGGAUUUGUAAAGGUGAACUAG